UUUCCCAAAAUUUAAACAAUUUCUGGUAACUUGCAAGAUGAAGUUUAGUAUUAAUCUGGUUGCAGGCCUGAUUGGCAUUUGGUUUCAUACAACCUUUUCAGCAAAAAUUUUGUACGAGAUUCAAACAAUGGACACUUGCAAGGAACCCGAGUACGCUCAAAUUGACAAUAUUGUGAAGAAGUUUCAUUUAUCAAGAUACAAUCGAACAGUCAAAAUGUUGGAGUCUCAAAUUAGCUCAAAAGUACCACUGGACGAAAAUAUAGAGGGAACAAUUUUGUCGGCUAAAUGGAUGAAUGGAAAAUGGCUGAGUAUUCCUUUCAUUCCAUACGUACCAGACAUAUGUAGUGUCAUACAGCAACAUUAUCCUGAACAAGUAAAGUACAUGUUCACUGGCUUUGGGAUUGAGCAUCCUGACAGAUGUCCAUUUCCUGCUUUUUCAGCAAAAAUUUUGUAUGAGCUUCAAUCAUUGGACAUUUGCAAGGAUCCCGAAUACGCUCAUAUUGACAAUUUCGUGAAGAAGCUUAGAUUGUCAAGAUACAAUCGAACAGUCAAAAUGUUGGAAUUUCAAAUUAACUCAAAAGUACCACUGGACAAAAAUAUCGAGGGAACAGUGUCGACAGCCAAAUGGACUAACGGAAAAUGGCUGAGUAUUCCUUUCAUUCCAUACGUACCAGACAUAUGUAGUAUCGCAUUAAAAUAUUAUCCUGACCAAAUAUCGUACAUGUUCGCAGGUUUUGGAAUAGAGCAUCCUGAUAGAUGUCCAUUUCCUGCUGGUAACUAUACACUUGACAACUAUCCGAUGGUUACAAAAUAUGAAGUCAACAGUUUAGUACCAAUGAAUGGAAGAUUCAUGUUUAAAGCAAUUUUCAGAAAAGUAGCAACCAAAGAAGUAAUUGGUUGUAUUGAAGGUGUUGACCUGCAAACGGUGCAAUAGUAUAAAAUUUAUUUAGGUAGAUAUAGUAAACGUUUGUUUUUUGGCAAUUAUAAUAGCCACUAACUUCACCAUUGUGAGUUAAUUAAAAGUUUUAAUAAAUUAUUUUUUUAUU